UCCUAAAGAAGUAGGUAACCUAUUCCAUCUAAGAUAUUUAAGAUUGAGAGAUACGAAAGUACACAUUCUUCCAAAGUUUAUAGGUAAACUACAUAACUUAGAGACUUUGGAUUUGAAACGUUCCCUUGUGUCCGAGCUACCGAAGGAGAUCAACGGGCUCCUUAAACUACGAUAUCCUGUGGCCUACUUUAUAAAUCAUGAUAUUGAAUAUAAUAUUGAUCAUCGGCGUGCGGUAAAGAUAUCAAGUGGUAUUGGAAAGUCAGAGUCCUUACAGAAGCUUCAUAAAGUGGAAGCCAACAACAACACCCUUAUUUCAGAAUUGGGAAGAUUCAGGCAAUUGAGAAAGUUGAGUAUAUCCAAAUUGAAGAGAUAAAAUGGGAUUGCUUUGUGCACUAAAUUGGAGAAAAUGAUCCACCUUCGGUCAUUGAAAAUCAGUGCAAUAAGUGAGCAAGAAGUUAUUGAAUUACAACCAAUGUCUUCUCCUCCACUCCUCCUACAAUCUCUUGUCCUAAGAGGGUGACUUGAAAACUUGCCAGAAUGGAUUCCUAAACUCAAGAGUAUAGUUAGAAUUGGUUUAACUUGGUCAAUAGUAACAGAUGAUCCAUUAGAGAUCCUUCAAGCUCUACCUAACUUGAUGAAUCUUGUGAUUUACCAUGGAUAUGAAGGUGAACAAUUACAUAUUGAGGAAGGAGGCUUCCAGAAACUCAAGUUUCUAGGGCUCACAAAUUUGAAAAUUUUGAAUAGGUUGAUAAUAGAUGAAGGUGCCCUGCCUCUUCUUGAAAAGAUUGAAAUUGGACCUUGCCCACUACUGGAGGAAGUGCCCUCUGGCAUCCACCACCUGAAAAACCUCAAAGAUUUGGAAUUUUUUGAAAUGUCGAGGGAAUUUGUGCUUAGUAUGCAACCAGAUGAAGGGCCUGAUUUUUGGAAAGUCAAGCAUGUUCCUUUCGUUUGUUUUUGGUAUAGGAUUCAAGGGGAAUGCUACAAAACCUACAAGCUUGGUGAUUCAGAGUUGUUGGAGCAUCUGCAAAGGAAAGUCAAGAGGUGGACAACCAAAGUACCCUCAACAUUUUUGAGAAAUCACAGCACAGGCUUCAAAUACCAACAUCUCAAGGAUAUUCAAGUGCCAGAUCGUACAGGAUAUAGUUUUUCUCUCAAUCAACCAGAAUAUCAGUUGCUGAUUCUCUCCUGCCUGACCACCUUUAUCAUUGUAUUGUUGUUGUAAUUAUGUUGUCACUAUUGCUGUAUUAUUGCUACCUGAUUCGUUGCAGAUUCUGCCUUGGUCAGAAUUUGCAGUUGCAAUAGUGCUACUAGUGAGAUCCCAAUAUGACUUAGAGAGAGGGAGCUCCCAAUUUCCAAAGAAAUAACUCCGUAUGGAAGAACUAAAUUCGUAAAAUCCAGGUCUCCAACUUCUUGUAUCUAAUACUUACAUUAAAAAAAAAAAAAAAAUUUCCGGUUAAUAGGUGGUCUUAAGACAUUUGUUAAUGGACCAUUAUGGUCAAUCAGUCAUAACGUACAUCAGUGGUUGAUUCUCCCCUACAUGGUUGCCUUCGUUAUUGUAUAUUUGUAACAAUGUUAUUGUUUCAGUGAAUCAAGCAUAUGAACCUCUUGAAAAGA